AUGGACAACGCCUUGGGAGUUCCCACUGAAGGGCUGGUUGUUUUUUUGUCCAGCACAUUGGACGGGACUGCAUGGAAGGACGAGUACCUCGGCGUGAAUGCCAAAGUGGGGAGCGGAGUGACCAGCACGGAGAGCGGUGUGAAUUUCCGGGGAGCAGGGGCACAGUGGCCUGUUGGCGACAUGGGGCAGACUGUGCCGUACUACCUUACAAACAACAAGUUCACUCUUUCGGCGACGGUGGUCAUCCACGAGGUGCCGGAGGCAGGCAGCAGCCCCAUUCCUUUGAUUGGUGCGAGGCUGAACGACACGGCCAGCACGGUGCUCUUUCAGCUGUCGUACACGAGUGAAAGAAAUUGGAACCUCACACUUCACAAGAUGGAGUUUUUGGUGAAGCCGUCCGGUGAUGUUGGCAAUUGGGAAACAAACACGGCAAUUCGAGUGACGGUGCAAAAGGAUAACGAUGAUGAAUGGUUUGUGUACGCUAAUGGGAGAAGAAUAUACGAGACGGAUGAAAAAGAAAUGGCUCAGGACCGUAACGCUGAUCAGUUUGGUUCACACAGGAUCUCACACUUCUUCUUUGGUGCGGGCAAUAAGAAAGAUGAAGAGGGCAGCUAUGUGACGGUGGCUGAUCUCCUUCUGCACGACGACGCGCUGUUUGACGAUGACCUCGGAGACCUCAACGCCAGGACAGUUCCUAUUCGACAUCCGGCUGCCGAAGAACUGGACACUGCGGUGAAAGUCACAGCGACGGGGGAAGAAAAGCAGAAGGCCACACAGCUGACGACUUUCUUGGCAGACGUUGAAGAGGCUCCAAUUGCACAACCGACUGACUCUCAGUCUGUCCGUGUUCUUGCGGGCAGUGAAUCGAGUGCUGAGAAUGUUACGGACGAAUUGCAUCCACGCACCGCCGCUACAAAUGACACUUCCGUUCCAGAAACCAAUCACUCAGCAUCCGAUGGCAGUAUGAGUCCAGAGGACCGCCUCGCCCUGAUCACCGACGCGAAAUUGAUCCUGCAUGAUUUACUUGGUGACAGCACUGCGCGUGUGCGCGUGUCUUGUGUGUUGCUGCUUCUUCUGGUACUGUGUGCACUUGUGGCAGUCUUGUGA